GUUUGCGCGGCAGUGUGUUUAAUUUAUUCUGUUUUAACGGUUUUAGAAAUGGAUAUUCAGAAACAGAGAGAUGGAUUUCAGACAUCCCUAAAUUUGAAGCUGUCAAAUGGUUAUAUUUUACCUGAAGGUAGAAUGACACCAAACACACUUUUUGUUGGAGGAAUUGACAUGAAGGUGGAUGAGAAUGAAAUCCGGGACUUCUUUGCGAGAUUUGGUGCGGUGAAGGAAGUGAAAAUCAUUACUUACCGUGGCGGCAUCUGUAAAGGAUAUGGAUUUGUUUACUUCAAUGAAGAUGUCGACAUCCAAACCAUCGUUGACCAACAGAUCAGUUUUAAAGGGCGGAAACUGAAGCUGGGUCCAGCAAUCAUGAAGGAAAGGAGCUCACGUUCCAUGCCGUCUCACGUGAUUGGUCAGGUCCCCUGGAUGAGCCCCUCCCAGUACAUUUACUGCACCUGCUGCUCUCCUAUGGGAGUGGGCGUGGCUCAGCCCCCACCUGUACUCAACGGGGGCAAUCCCUACAUCCAGCCUUACUCGUAUAACGGCCUUCAAGGAGUCAUGAUGCCACAGAUGCCCAUGAGCUACUCACAAACCGCCUACGCGUACCAGUACGCCUCACACACUGGACCGGGGAGCAGAGGAACGGCUUGUCACCAGAAUUUGUGGAUGUGGAGCAGACUCUGCUGAUCUGCUG